AUGGAAAAAUCAUACUUUUUCCUCCUUCUGUUCUCUGGGUGUGCUUCCGCACACACCUGGCUUGAAGCAUUGCAGUCCAUCACCUCAAACGGAUCUUUCAGCUCAACACUUGGUUUCCCUCGCGGCUUUGUUGCACGAAAUGAUCCCUCCUUCUCGGACAACUCUAUGACCUACAGAAUCACAGCGAAAGACUCGACAACCCCUCUCUGCCACCCCUCCCAGCAGGUUGCCAACGGGUACACCAACCCACAGUACCCACGUCUCAACGCCUCAGCAGGCUCUUGGAUCUCUCUAACGUACGGAGAGAACGGUCACGUCUCUGCGCCCCAAGUGCCGGAGGGCAGGCCAUACCGAUCGGGCAACGUCUACGUCUACGCCUCGACAACCCUCCGAGAUGAAGAAUUUGCUGGUGUGCAUGGGAACUGGACUGCAGAUAACUCGCUGGAAUCUGGUCGCCUGAUCGCCACCCAUUACUUCGAUGACGAAAUCUGCUUUCAGGACCAAGGUUCUAACCCCUCGCCCAUCAACGCUCAUCGCAAGGGCGCUUCCAAGAACCUGACUUCUGUGAACUGUCAGACCGACAUCAAAAUCCCUGAGGACAUCACAUCGGACAUUCUCGCACUGUACUGGGUUUGGGAUUGGAGCCUCUGGCCAAACAUGGACAACACAUCUUUUGAAGCCUACACUACAUGCGCCGAGGUCGACAUUUCACAUGGAGGUACUCCACCUUCUGGAAUUGCUGUCAAUGAUUCCGUCCCUCUGGACCGAAGGGCCCUGCAAAGCCAAUUGGCCACCCAAUUCGAAGUUUUCGAACUUGGAACCGGCACCGCGGCCCCACCUCCAGUCACGAGUCUGCCACCCACCACAAGUUCGAGUGCAGUGUCGCCCACUGCAACCCCUACCACUACCACAGGUACCACAACACCCAGGGAGGCCAAUGAAUGUUCUGGGUUCACGAUCGGUGCCACCAUCACUGUCACCGUCACGGCUGGGCCUGCUCCGUCGGGUUGA